AUGCGGGGCCCCAAAAGCCCAUUUCUUCUUUUCUUUGCUGCUGCUCUUUUGGCCCUCGCAGCAGCAGCAGGGGCCUCCGGCUUAGAAGCCCCCAGGGGGGGGCCCCAGGAGGGGCCCCUGCGCGAGGGGCCCAAGGACACAGCCGAAACAGCAGCAGCAGCAGCAGCAGCAGCAGCAGAUAAAGGGGCGCAUGGGGGCUGCAAGGACUCGCAAGGGCCUCGCUGGUGCAGAGCGCUGAAGCUGGGUGGAGUUAAUGGCGUCUGCAGCAGCAGCAGCAGCAGCAACAGCAGCAACAGCAGCCUGCUGCCUCCGGCGCUCGACGACGGCUGCUUUGGGGCCGUGUUGCUGCUGCUGCUGCUGCUAGCAGCAGAUAUGACUCAGAGGAUUCUUGAGAAAAUUGGAAUUCCCUUCGGGCCUCUGCUGCGGCGAAUCUGUCAGAGCAGCAGCAGCAGCAGCAGCAGCAGCGCUAGCAGAGGCGAGUUUGCUGCAGCUGCGGAGACGGAAGAGGGUAAAAAACUGCUUGCGGAGUUGGUUUCGCUGCAGCAGCAGCUGCAGCAGCAGCAGCAGCAGCAGCAGCAGCUGUCGGCCACCGCAGAGUUUGCCGCCUACACCCGGCAGCAGCGCAAGAUUGAUCAGCUGCUGCAGGCGAGGGAGGCGUGUAUGGAGAAGCUGCAGCAGCUGCAGAAGCAGCAGCAGCCGCAGCAGCAGCAGCAGAGCAGCAGCAGCAGCAAAGGCCUCCUGCUGCUGCUGCGGGCUGCGUACCAGGUGCUUCUCAAGCCCGUACUGAAGCUCUACGGCGGAGCCGUUAUCAAGGUAAGAAGCAGCAGCAGCAGCAGCAGCAGCAGGAGCAGGAGCAGCAGCAGCGAGUUUAGCAGCAGCAAAACUGCAGCAGCGGCACCCAGCACCGCAGCAUCACUGAAGGCGGCAGCAGCAACAGCUCCACCAGAAAGAGCAGGACCCGCUGCUGCAGCAGCAGGGGCGGAUGCUGCUGCUGUAGCUGCUGCUGCUGUACCUGUUGCUGCAGCAGCAGCAGCAGCAGCAGCAAAUGCAUGCGGUGUGUGCUUUGCUGCUGCUUCAGGCACUCUUUUGCUUCUUCGUUUUUGUGUUUGCUGCUAUUCGCGUUGA